AUGCAGAGGAAAAGGAACAAUUUGGCAGAGAAACAGGAAAUAAAUCGGAGCCCAACGUCGCGGAAGGAAGAAAAAGUAGUGUCCUUCAAGUCGAAGGUAGAAAUCAGCAGGCUGGGAGGUCGGUUGAGUGAGGUGGUGGGUCCCGUCGUGGAGGAGGCCAUUGAGCCAGGGGAUGCGACCCCGCUGACGGGACCCUCGAGGGAGACCUCGGUUCCUCGAGCACCCCCGCCGCAGCGUGUUACUCCGAGUCCGCCGAGACCGCCGCCCGUUACGUCUCAACAUCACGAGAAUCCGGGACACCAGUCCCAAAAUCCCGGGCAUCACAACCCGGAUCAUUCGCCCCACAAUCCGGGUAAUCCCGGCCACAAUCCUGGUCACAACCCCGGCCACCAAACUCAUAAUCCAGACAAUCCCGGCCACAAUCCGGGUGACUCCGGUCACAACCCGGGAAAUCCCGGUCACAACCCGGGUAAUCCCGGUCACAACCCGGGCAAUCCCGGUCACAACCCGGGCAAUCCCGGUCACAACCCGGGCAAUCCCGGUCACAACCCGGGCAAUCCGGGCCACAACCCGGGUAAUCCCGGCCAUAACCCGGGUAAUCCCGGCCACAACCCGGGUAAUCCCGGCCACAAUCCGGGUAAUCCCGGUAACCCGGGCCAUCCGAGCCCCGCUGACCAAGACCAGAAUCCCGCUGACCAGCCGGCACAAAAUCCUGGCCAUCCGACGAGUCCAGGACGAGAAGCUCCCCAUCCACACGUGAGUCGUCAACCAAGUCAGAAUCCAACCCAGCCGACACAGAGUGGCAGGGAGCAAGCACAACCAACCGCAACCGCAACCACAACAUCUGGAGCGUAG